AUGAAUUCAAUAGAUUAUUCAUUUCCUCAAAAAUUUGUACCUACAACUGUUAAUUUAGAUUUACAUAUUGAUAUUCCUAAUCAUACCACCACCACCACCAGCACCACAAUCACAAUACAACAACCAAUUUUUAAACAAUUUACUACAAAAACUUUCCAAGAUCCAUUAAAUGAUAUAUUGAAAUUACUGAGACAAAAAAUCCAGAAUUAUCAAUUAAGUCUUCCAAGUUAUGAAGAAGAAGAAGAAGAAGAAGAAGGAGAAACACAUAAAGAUGAUGAUGAUGAUGAUGAUGAAGUGAAAUCAGAAUUGGAAAAUAAUAAAGAAAAUGAUAUAGUGGGUGACUCUAAAACUAUUGAUAUUAAUCAAUCAACACCAAUUAAAAAACUCCCACAAUUACCACCACAAUUACCACAACAAUUACCAAGUGUUCCUUUGAGAAAUAAAAAACUGGAUAAUUUGGCUUGUCAUGCUGAUAAUAUAUUAAGAAUGGCUAUUGAUUCAACUAUAAUUAGUUCUAAUUCAUUCACUAUAAAUUCAUUUGAAGAAGAAGAAGAAGAUGAUGAUGAUGAUUUUUUACAAGAAAAUUCUUUAAUUCAAUUAUUAAAAUAUAAGAAUUCUAAAAGAGAUUUACGUUUUAAACCUCCAAUUAUUAAAUUUGAUAUUAAUGCCGAUGAUAUUAAUUCUGUAUUAUAA